AUGCUGGACAGGCACCUGCUCCAGCUGCUCAUUACUGCUGCUCUGUUCCCCAGCAUCCUUGGGACAGUCUUGGUGCAGAACCUGCACCUCUGCGAGGGCUACGUGGGCCCUGAUGGCCGCUCCCACCCCGGCUUCUACUGCCCGCGGCUGACCGACCCCCCUGGCCACCGCUACUGCUGCCAGCCCAGCCUGGACACGCUCAAGUCCUGCUGCUCUCAGCUGGCCCUGGAAGCCCUCACUGGAGUGAACCUCUCCAGCCUGGCUAGCCCUGGUCUACUCCGGAACCCGCUGGCCCUGCCUUUCGUGGCGCUCUACGGGCUCCUUGUGCUGCUGCUUAUGGCCAUCGACCUCUGCCACUUCUACUGGACCCGACGGUGCCGCCUCAGCCGCCUGCUGCCCUGUGCCUGUCGGGUGCCCCGUGGAACCCCGAGGGGGCACCCGGCCGGCACCCGGCCUUCCCACCGUGCCCCCAGAGUGACGCGCCCCAGCCAGGGCUGCUGA